AUGUUGAGCAGCAAAGGCCAUGUUCUCAUGAACUGGCCUAUCGUCGGCAUGCUACCAUCCCUUCUUCUCAACGUCCACCGUUUACAUGACUGGUUAACCGGAGUCAUGGCCGAAAGUAGGCUCAAGUGGGUAUUCUACGGCCCAUGGUUCACUCAAAUGGAGAUUGUAGUAACAUGCGAUCCAGCUAAUGUGAAUCAUGUCAUGCGCACCAACUUCUCCAAUUUCCCAAAGGGAUCUGAUUUCAAGGAGAUGUUCGAUAUACUUGGGGAUGGGAUCCUCAAUUCAGAAUCAGAGUCGUGGAGACUUCAACGUAAAAUGGCUCAGACCCAUCUCAAAUGUACACGAUUCCGUCAGUUCUUGGCCAAGACUAGCAAAGAGAAGGUGAAGACGGCGCUUAUCCCAGUCCUUAAGUACAUCGCACAACAAGGAAAAUACAUAGACUUGCAAGACGUCUUCCAAAGGUUCAUGUUUGAUAGCACCUGCAUCUUAGUCAUUGGUGUCGAUCUCAACUAUCUAUCUGCCACCUUCCUUGAUCUUCCUCCUAUUGUCAAGGCCAUGGAUUAUGCGAGAGAGGUGUUGUUAUUCCGUCACUUGGUGCCUUACAACUGGUGGAGGUUGUUAAGGUGGCUAAAGAUAGGGAAGGAGAAGAAGAUGUGUGAAGCUUGGAAAACCAUUCAUAAUUUCAUAUACCAAAGAAUUCAAUGA